UGACAAUUCAGAGUUCACUUUCAGCAUCUUUGUUCUCGUCUAGUGGCAGUGGGAUAUCGGCCAUGACUUCUACCAUGAUUUCUGCUCUGAUGGUUUGGGUUUGUAUCUGUUUAACACUAGCCCAGCUUAACAACGCAGGAGGUCACCGAGACGCACACGGAAGGUUGGCCGGCCAGGACGAGCUUUCUGACGGCAACAAGCAGCAGUUUGAGGCGGGUUCAGAAGACGCGGCCGACCGAAGCACCCCAGCGCCGGUUUGGAGUUUCCUCAAAGGGACUGGAAAAGCUCCAGGAAUAUCCGACUUUAACCAGCCACAGUUCCGCUGCAGUAAUGGAGCACUUACCCUGCGCUUUUCACCCACCCGAUACACCAAUCUGAAUCUGGAAGAUGGGACUCCGUUGUUGUCGCUACCUGACCGGUGUCACGGUUCCAUUCAUGUCUACAGGCAGUAUCUGCUGGUAAAGCUUCCCUAUACUGGCUGCUACACAGCAACACAGGCUGAAGAGGGCAAAUACCCAUUGCAACUGCAUUAUUUUGACAAUCUGCUGCAGAAGAACAUGGUAGGCAUGGCUGUCUGUGAGAAUCCAGAAAUGUCCCCACUGGUGACUUGUGGAACAACAAGUAUCACUGUGAAGCUGCCUCAUGAAACAAAACUAAAGGAGGUUAAAGAGCUUGAUUAUUUCGUUAAUGAAGCCUACUCUGUGAGACAACAGAAGACCCCCAAUGCUUUGUUUGUCGAAAUAUCAAAGUUGCCAGACCAGGAUUCUGGAUUUGAACUAGUUUAUUUGGAUUCUACUGGGAAACUGUGCACAAAGCUGGCAAUUUGUUACCAAGAAAAGUUGAGCCAUCGUGUCAAGAGAGCGCCAGAGGAACCAGACUUUGAAGAUACUCCCGUUGAACCAUUUGCUCUGGUGCGCUCGAGGAAGUACGCUCCAUUGAUACAAUCAACAGGAACUCAAGCUCCUAACUCAGAAAUGGAAGGUGAUAGUACAGAAUUGUUUGAAUUGUGGGGAAUUGAAGACAUUCCUGACGUGGUUUACGAUGAGAUUACUACCCCGACCGCCCCCACGAUCACAACCACCAACUCAACCAAGACCACAGUUGCCUCCCCCACAAGUUGUCCAUAGUGUGCAGCUGAAUGUUUUAAUGUUAGUUAAUAAAAUAUUGAAUACAUAAAAAAUUAA